GUUUCAGCAUUCCACUCUCCGUCCAGGAUACGCGACCCCCUUAGCGCCCCCUUUGCAGCGAGAGGGCAGUGAACGCGUCCGAGCGCCACUCAUCUCAACUUUGAAUGUCCUCGAAUAAGGGAAACUGCCGUCGACUUACUAUCAAUGCAUGUUCAUACGGACUUGGUAGCAGAUGGUGCCUUCUCUGUUCCAGCUUGACAGGACUUUCUCAACACUAACUCAGAUCUCACUUGACUUCUGAGCAUUUAUCAAUUUUAACCAGUCGCCGGCCAAGGCGCUCAUCGUCGCCAACUUCUAUUACCGUUUGAAUUAUCGUGUAGCCUUCUGUGUUCACUUGAAAACUUUUCCGCUCUGCCUCGGGGAGCUUCUUCAGACCUUCUCAUAUCUGUCCAUCCACAGGAGCAGCCUGCAUCAUGGCACCUUCGAAGCAAGCACCGGGCCCUCCCUUUGCGAAGGACGAGAAAGUGCUCUGCUUCCAUGGUGAUUUGAUGUAUGAGGCCAAGAUCACAGAAGUCCGCAGUGCCUCAGAUCCCACCAACACCAACUUCGCGACCAUCAAGGCAGAUGACGCCCAGUACAAAGUACAUUACAAGGGCUGGAAGUCUUCCUGGGAUGACUGGGUGACUCAGGACCGUAUUCGUAAAUUCAACGAUGACAACAAGGCCCUUGCCGCCCAACUGCAGCAGGCCGCCCGACUUCGCACCGCUGGCGGUUCCAAGAGCGCCAAGAAGGCCAUUGGCAAGGCUGUCGGUGGUGUCGAUAGCGAGAUGAGCUCCGCCCGAGGUAGUGAGGAGCGUGCUGCCACCAAUAGCUAUGCUGGAAGGGGCCCCAGACGAGGUCGCGAUUAUGAGCUCGAGAGUGUAAGUCGUCCUUUCUUUUUAUCUGUCAUUUCUUUUGCGCGUCUAGGCCAAGGAGGAGUCCAAUGUACACCAACAUGGUAUAUGCGAUGACUAUAAACAACAACGCUUUCUUGCUCGGCCUCAUAACGGAGAAAUUCUGCGUCUGGCAGUUGAUGCUGCCUUCGGAAACCCCUCGCCUCGUCUUUGGGUGCCGUCAGGAGAGA